GAACAAUCGUGCGACGUUUGCAAAAUUGGGUGCAAAAUACGCCCGUCCGGUGCUCGAAGCGAUCUUACAGACUGCCUCCAAAUGUGAGACUUCGAAAUCGGUUGGUAAUCCGUCGCCGUCCCUUCCAUGAAUCACAUACACACACUGUCUUGAACAACAACGAAUGCACAGCGCGGCUAAAUCUAGUAAAUAAAUAGUAAAACAGGAAAUCGAAAUGUUGAAUACCUAGUGUUCAGUCGGCGUAGCUUAGAAUAAACUCACUGAACUCGCGGCAACCAAUGGACUCGUCGCAGGGCAAUCUAGCGCCCGGCCAAGAGAUACGAGUCGUCAGCGCGUCGGUGGUUGCGCAGCUGCAGGCCCAAGGAUUACAGGGAAAUGAGCUCAACGCAGCAAUUAUGGCUGCGUCGCAGCCACAAAAUGCUACUCAGCAAGCGAUGCAGCAACAGCAGAUUCAACAGCAUCAGCAGCAACAACAGCAGCAGCAACAGCAGCAACAACAACAGCAACAACAGCAGCAGCAACAUCAGCAACAACAACAGCAAGCUCAGGCGGCCCAACAACAGCAGCAACAGCAGCAGCAACAACAGCAGCAACAACAGCAGCAACAACAACAGCAGCAGCAGCAGCAACAACAACAGCCAAACCAACAGCAGCUACAUCUUCAGCAGGUACAGCAGCUUGCACAGGUUCCGCAGCAGCAACCGCAGGUGAUCACGCUGCAGCAGUUGCAGAGUUUUCUGCCUCAGCAUCAGCUGAAUGCGAUUACCACCGCCGAUGGAACACCCGUGCAGGUGUCCACCUCAUCGUCCACUACGACACCGGUAGGAACACCGGUCAAAACGUUCGUGACCUCUCCCCCGCAGAUGCAGCAACCGCAGAUUCUGAACCUGCAGGGAAUGCCGCAGCAAUUUCUGCAGAGUGCACCGAUAAUUCAAAAUCCGAACGGAUUGUUUCAAAUGAUACAACCAGUUCAAACGAUCAACGUUGACGGACAAGAAACGUUGUUCGUUCCCGGUGGAAUACAAGGGGGACAGUUGGCAGGUGCGCAGGCCGUUCAAAUCAAUGGUCAACAAGCCUUCAUUACUCCAUCCGGGCAGCUGAUUCGGGCACCUAACGGUGUCGUUCCGGCUAAUUUCCUGCAGAACAUGACGCAGGCUGUGCAAUUACCGAAUGCUGGUCAGGCUACGCUUACUAUCCCUGGAACUAAUAUAACAAUCCCUUUGGGUACGACUAGUACAGCAAAUGUUCUAGCGCAACAACAACAACAGCAACAGCAGCAGCAGCAGCAGCAGCAGCAACAACAGCAACAGCAACAACAAGCGGCUGUAGCUGCUGCAAAUCAGCAGCAUAGUCAAUCUCAAGCUCAGCAGCAACAAAAUCAGCAACAGCAGCAAGUUCAAGCUCAGCAGCAACAGGUUCAACAUCAACAACAGCAGCAACAGCCGCAACAAACGCAACAGGUGCAAAUCCAGGCCCAGCAACAAGCGGCUGCUGUAGCUCAGCAGCUCCAACAGGUUCAGCCAACUACAAUUACUAUCCCCGGUACUAAUAUACAAGUACCCACGUCGGCUGUAACCACUCAGAACAUUUUGCCUAAUAACAUAACCACCAUUAAACUGGAAGGAGGUCAAAACGUUCAAGUUCGACCAGCAAAUGCAAUGCCGCAGGUCGUGCAGUUUCCGAUGCAGCAAACACUCCCAGUGCAGAUGCCGAUUUCCACCGGCAACGGCCAAACCGUUUAUCAAACCGUCCAUGUGCCAAUUCAAGCAUUCGGCUCCGCGCUAGUUCAGCCGCAGAUGCAAGUGAUUCCGCAGAUUCCUCAGGUAGCUAACAUCAUCACACCGAGCGGUCAGAUCCAGCAAGUUCAGCUAACGUCGCUGAAUCCGUUGGCUGGUUUCCAGGCAGCUCCGACGCCACAGAAUAUCAUUCUGCAGCAACCGCAAAACCUAGCGCAACCUGCCGCCGCAACCAACGCAGCAAGUCCUCUCGUAUCCUCACUGCCGACUGGAAACGUGCAAUCCAACAGCACGCAGGAUAGCAAUCAACAGCAACCACCGCAGCAAACGCAAGCUCAGGCGCAACCUCAACCAAUCACAAUAGCAGGUCCUCACGUCGGUCAGCAGAUCACGGUGAUUCCGUCUAACUCUCUUCCGCAGCUGCGGCAGAAUACAGCGAACAUCAUACAAAUGCCGAAUAUCCCCGGCCUUCAGGCCAUCCCGGUGCAAAACAUACCGGGAAUCGGAAACGUACAGGUGAUCCCGACAAAUUUCAUGCAACCGGUUCAACCGCAAACAGCGGCGUCGCAGCCUCAGUUGAACCCGGUCAAUCAAGUAGGGCAAACUAUAUCCCUUCAGCAGGCAGCGGCGCAUCAAUUAUCAAGUAUAAAGCAGGAUCCAAGCGACCCCGGUAAGUGGUACAUCAAGCAGGAAGCGAUUCCUAUCCAACCACAACCGGCGGCUGUGGCCUGCAGCGGGAGCAAUGUUACCAGUGGCAGUGGUAACAGCAUGUCCUUUCCCGCCAUGCAAACGACGGCGACAGUGAACAGUAGCAUCGUUCCGACGGCAAUUUCGCAGGCCCAAGUCGUCAGUGCCACCGGCGGCGGUGGCACGCAUCAGGUCAAGGGUGAAAUCGUUAAUCCGACUACGCAGACUUCGGUGAAUGUAAACAUCAGCGUGGGCGAUGGCAACGAUCAGACACCGAAACCGCGGGUCCGCCGGGUGGCGUGCACAUGUCCGAACUGUGAAACCAAGGGCGAAGGGCCACCGGAUCGGAAGAAGCAGCACAUUUGUCACGUUAGCGGCUGCAACAAGGUGUACGGGAAAACGUCGCAUCUGAGAGCACAUCUGCGGUGGCAUACGGGUGAGCGACCCUUCGUGUGCUCUUGGAUGUACUGCGGCAAACGGUUCACGCGUUCGGAUGAACUUCAACGGCAUAGGCGUACCCAUACGGGCGAAAAGCGGUUCCAGUGUCCGGAAUGCAAUAAAAAGUUCAUGCGUAGCGAUCAUCUGUCCAAGCACAUCCGCACGCAUAAUAAACUGAAGAAAGAUCACGUUCGCUAUCUGUUGGAGUUGGGCGAUUCGGUGAAAUCGGGUGGGCUCAGCGAUGAGGGCGAAGACGAUUAUUAUAUGGCUGAUGAGGACUUGAAAGACGACGAUGAAGAUGAUGACACGUUGGAUAACGCUCCGCCUUCCAUCAAACCGAAGUUGGAACCGGGUGUGUGUACUUCUGCUGGUGGUACUGCAACCGCCGUGACCAUGACCGGAACCACCUCGGCUCCCGCUAUGGGGCUGAUGGUUGCCGGCGGUCCUGCAGCUGGCACCGUGCAACCGGUGGCCGUAACCAACGGUUCCAGUACUGGGAUUGUGUGGAUUGCGUCUACACCCUUGCUCGGUCUACAGCAUCCAGCGGCAGUUCCACCACCACCAACCGCUGGGCCGCCACCGCCACCUCCACUGUACAGCAUUAAACAGCUCAGCAACACGCAGGAAGUGGCCAAUUCUGCACAAUCGGCCUCCUCGGACAGCAACGACAGCUCGGACGAAAAGAUGAUGAUUACCCUCGGCAACGACGACCAGGAUCAAUCGAUCGAGUCUAACUAGCAUAUCGAAACGCUGUCCAUACAUCAAUUUGCAUCUUUCGAUAGCUGUAGAUUACCGUUUGGGCAGUUUCAGACGAACUUUUAAGUUAAGUUUUGAGGUGCAAAAUUGGUGUGAAUGGUUAGCGAUUACGCAUAUUCUUCUUGUUUGCUAGAAGCAAAAGAAACAAAAAGCAAAUUCACAUAUAUGAUAAUUACAUUGAAUCAUAUCAAUAACAUUUGAAUCUUCUAACGCAGUCAGUUCAAAAAUUUAUUAUUUCAGUUGCUGCGAGCUUUUAAGCAUCGCUUUCCGAAGACUUGGCAUUGGUAAAACGAAUUUAAUAAUUAAAAAUGUGGAACUACAUUUUGCUCGAAAACAAAUGUCAGCCUGAAUAUUAUUUGUAAAAAAACGUUUGGUGUAUUCUCAAAGUGAGUACAAAAACAAGUACAGAUUGAAUGCCACGGAUAAUACUCAACGCUUCGUCUCACCGAUUUUGCACAUAUUUACUUUUUGUUGUAAAAUAUAAACAAAAUUGAUUUAAUUUUGAAUAAAAGAACAACGGAUCUCGACUAGUUUCGAUAUCAUGAUAACUCAAAAUCAGACGGAUAUGAAUAACUAUUUAACGAUAUGGUCUGCCCGCCCAUAUGGACGCCCCGAAUAAUGGAAAAAGGUGAUACGGAUAUUAUUUCCACCUUUCUACGAAUUGUCGUUUAAACUCAGCGCAGAAAUCUAAAUUUAGCCUGUAAAUGUGGUCUACGUGGCGAAGUAGUUUUAGAAUCGUAGUUUAAAUGUUGGCUCCUUCCUUUGUAAAAAUAAUAAUAAUGAGAAAAAAAAAAACGAUUUCAAAAACUAGCCGUUCUUGAUGUUCGUAUAUACAUAAAGACUUAUUCGUAUAUAUAGACUUAUACUUUGGAUAAUUUUAGGUGUUUUUCAUCCUAUAUGAUUAUGCUCUAGAGUAAAUAUGUUCACGCACUAAUUUACACAUUGGUUUAACUUAUUUAGUCGAAUAAAUUGUUGGUUUUACUUAGGUACUUGUUCUUUGCUUUGCUUCGGUAACAUGAAUCAAAAGAUUUUAGAUGAAACAGGAAAUAUUAUGUACCUUGACAAUUGCUAAAAAAUACUGAUGAUUUUUAGAUGUGUCUCCACGCAAACUCUGUCGAUAUGGAUUUAUUUUUAACACUGUACUAUAUAAUAUAUUUUACCGUAUUGCGUCUGUACCGUGAAUAGAUCGAAAACAAUAAUAACUUUAA